AUGGAGAAAUUCUCACAAUUUCGUGAUCGGGGCACCCAAAUUGCGCCCUUUCUGCCUAUCAAUGGCUCCAACUCCACCGUUCAGGGCGCCAUAGGCUUGUUUCUAUUCGCUUUCCGACUACCAUUUUUUCUAUGUCUGAGCAUAUCGUACUUCCUGGUAUUCCAGUGGUUACCGAUAGGGAGCUUUAUCCGGAAGGCGUGGCUAUGGAGCAUACUGCUUUCAUCGGGGGUGUGGUGGAUUGAUUUGCAAGUUGAAGGAGUCAGGAAGGGAUCAUUAUUUAAAAAAUCCAACAAGCUUCCCAGACCGAACACUGUAAUUCUCUCAUCCUUCAACUCUCCCCUUGACGCGAUCUACCUCGCCGCCAUUUUCGAUCCAGUAUUUACGGCCUCCUACCCCACUACUCGCAAAGUUGAACAUAUUUCCCUUUUUACAGCUAUACUUCGGGCUUUCUCUAAACCUUGCCUCUCUCCUCCGAAAGGCGCAACACUUCACACCGUCGCAUCCCUUCUGAAGUCGAAUCCCACUCGAACGGUAGUUGUUUUCCCCGAAGCAACAACCACCAAUGGCCGCGGUAUCUUACGUUUCGCCCCAUCACUUGACACGACUCCAGCGCAAAUCGCCAUAUUCCCAAUGUCACUUCGUUAUACUCCCGCCGAUGUGACUACGCCAAUCCCGGAGACGUAUUUCGCAACCAUGUACAAUCUCUUGAGCAGACCAACUCACUGUAUACGUGUACGUAUUGCAGAAGCAAUUUACAACAAAUUAGAGAAGGAAACACCAGACUACGGCCAACUCGAAGAUUAUCACUCGGAAGGCUCUGAAACAGACGAGGAAACAAGACUUUUGUCAAGCUCCUCUAGUGAUACAGUGACGGAUGAGAAAUCACCCCUCGAUGGCGGAGAGCAGCAAAGCAGGCUUUCCGAAAAGGGCGGCGAGGCGCUAGCAAGGAUAAGCAGAAGCAAAAGGCUGAAUUUGGGUGUAAAGGAAAAGAUUUCAUUCGUGGAGGCUUGGGGAAAAAAUAAAAGGGAUCAUCCUCGGCAAUCGGUGAAAACCGGGCACCGUCUAAAGAUCCUAACAACCCUUAUGAGGUACCACCACUCUAAGUGGGCUCUUCAAGAGAUAUCCUUCAAGGCCCCUCUGAGCGCUUUCGAUUAUAAGCCAUGUAGUGUAUUUCGCCCGACUCAAUUCCCAUAUGAUGGCAUCAGACUAAUGGGAUUUGUCGAGGUGAGGACCAACCGGAAAGUAGGAAAGGAUGAUUUCAAUGCUUGGAUAGGGAAAGGGAGGUGUUGGCCGCGAUUGUAG